AGACGCCAUUUUUGCUUGCUGGGUUGUGUGCGUAGUUUCCCCUUGUGUCGAUAUCUGCUGUGUUUUUGGAGUAGACGGGACGCUAUGAAAACAGCCAGCCUGUGAUAUAACAUUUACUACCUCACCCCCAUCUCGUCCUUCCUAUCCGCCAUAUUUCCAAAGAGAAAGAAAGAAAGAAAGACACAGCUGUCAACUGGAAUCUCUAUUCGUUGAAAUAUCUACAACUACAAGCAGAAAUGGGCAACCAGAACUUGGGUAUUGCUUUAGGAGCUGCAGCUCUUGUCAUAGCUUUAUUCCUUGCUAUCCUCUUCAUCUUUGUCAUCAUUAUGCUCGUCAUACACUUUAACAAGAAAUUAAGAAAAAUGCGUGAGUAUCUUCGUAAAGAGAGAAAGUUAAGAGAAAGGGAAGAAGGACUGGUGGAGUUAAAUCCAUGUUCUCCUCAUCAUUUCAACAAUUCAUUUGAAGCUCCAUCUCCUUCAAAACCAGUCACAGUAGUAGUACAUGCAACUAAUCAGACCUUUGCUGAAACACCACUUGGUAAUCAGAGCCUUCCAACCAGCCCCGCCCAAGCCAUGGCUCCUGUACCUGCCUCAAAGGCGUGGUCUGAUAACGGACAGUAUACUGACCUCACAGGUCCUCUGCCUGGUUUCCUUAGAAAUGAGGAGAUGCUCCUCCCACCCGAAGCAACACCAGAACUAGUAGCAGCCGCUCAAGUUAUUAAUGAAGAGAAAGAGGAGGAGGAGGAGUCAAAGGAAGUAAAGAAGACUCCAGUCAAAAAGGGUUCUGAUGACUACGUGAAUCCUCUCGAUGCAAAAACUGAAGCUGCUGCCAUGAGACAGAAGGAAAAAAUAAAGCAGAAAGUAUCUCAAGGCUUGCAGCAGAAGAGAACCUCCGAUCCACAGCAUUCCUUAAGCAUUACUGACGACGGGAACUAUACGAUUGUUUCUGAUGCUCUCCCCAAGGGAGACUUUGAGAGGAUCGAAGUAGGAAACUCUUCAUCUCGCUCUCGUGCCUACUCUGAUAUUGAUGACCCAAAGAGGAAGAGUUCCCAUGUGUCUGGUGCCGAUAGUGGAAAGGGUUCAAACACAGACUCUGUUGAGUCCGAGAGCCCAACGCCACAGAUAAGGUUUCACUCGACAAGAGAGAAGCCGAAACACUUGAGUCCACAGAGACCUGCCAAUGAAGUUAAAUCUAAUCCAAUACCAAGAAGGAGGAGCAUGGCCCAGCAUAAGGAAGAGGUCUCCUUUGAUCCUAACACUGGUUUCAAGCUAUCGGCCAAACGUACCAACUCCGAUGGAUCUCCUGCUAUGAAGCAGAAGAGGAGUGAAGGACAAAGAAGCCCUGUUAGUGAUCCUGGUCAUGAGUUCCCGGCUGGAAGCAGUGUUACUGAUGAAAGAUUCGUUGAAGGAGGGGGCGUUCAUGCUUAUGCAACUGUUGAUUUAAAGGCAAAGUGUCGGCCAGAGGAUGAUAUUCUACGUCGAGAAGGAGUGGGUGCUCCUGAACACUACAAUGCGCCUGUUCCAUGUAACUAAGGUGUAUACACUCUGUCCUACUGUUGUAAGUUUGGCAGACUUAACUCACUCUCUCUCUCACACCCAUGCACAUUGUUGACUUUAGUUUUAUUUUAGUUAACACUUUAUUUUGUCUCUGGAUUUUAUCAGGGUUAUUUCUCUCUCAUCUAUUAUGUUUAUGCAGUUUGUAUGUGCAUGACAUUAAUCAAAGUAUCAUAUCCCCUUUCCUUCCCACCUCUCUCUCUCUCUCUCUCUUUUCCUCCAUCGCAUUCUUGUAUCAUUAUUAUUAUUAUUAUUGUUAUGUAACAUUCAGUUGUAUUGUUCAUCAUCAUUAUUAUUGUGUGAUUAAGUAUGAUUAUCGUCCUUGUCAUUAUCGAUUAUUAUUAUUUCAUUCCGAAUUUAUAUGGCAUUUUAUUUUAUCAACACUGGUUUGUGUGUAUAGUUAUUGUUAUUAUUAUUAUCAUCAUUAUUUUGAUCAAGAACAUCACCAUGGAGAAGAUUAUGAGAGGCAGUAGCUCUGUUUCUUAGGAGUUAUCUGAACAUACACAUAUAUUUAUUGUUCUUUUCCUCUCUCUCUCUUUCUCCUCCCCCAUCUCUCUUCAUUGUGUACAUUUUAAUCAACUUCUCUUUUAUUUUUGUAAAAGAGAUUGUCAUUA